CAAACAAUAAGUUGUCUGCUUGAAGUAGUAUAACAGAAGAGUAGCCAAAAUUCUUUACAAUUUCUAUCAAAUUUAUUGGCGUGUAGUGACGUGGGUCAUGAAUAUCCCUGUGAAUAUAUUUCGAACACUUGAGCGACCAGUUUUGAAUCUAAUUAGGCAGUCUUCAACAGCCAAAAAAGUUUUAGAAAAUCCUGCCAAGGAUGAUCCUACUCAACACCACUUUUCACUGAAACAAAAAGCAGAAACUAUUCAUCAUGUCCUAGGUUGGAAAAUUUCUAGAGCUAAACAUUUUUUGAAAAAAGACAGAGUACUAUCCCAAAUGCCUUUGUCUCACUACACUAAAAUCUGUGAAAUCGUUAAACCAUUCACACCAAUUUCUGGUGAAAUAUUAGAAGGCACGAGCUUGCUCUUGGCUUCUCCUCCUGUAGUACAACGUAAUUGCCAGUUUCUUCAGGAAGUUGGUGUCACAAAAGCAACAGCAGAUAUAAUAGCAAGAUGCCAGAAUUUCACAGAAAUGUCAAUAGGAAUCUUCAAAUGUUAUGCUCAUGUAGAUCCAACUGUCGACAUAAAAGCUCAGUGGCUUGAUCUGCUCUCUGAGCCUUUGCUGCUUGAAAAAACAAAUCUCCUUCUAGAACAGAAAAGUAAUGCCUGCAGUUCCAUAUCACAUGUAAGAAAUGUGAUAUUUGCUAGCUAUGUAGCUCACAAAUGGAACAUGCCGUUCCCUCAAGUUUUAAAAUGGGUGGAAAAGGGAAUCAAGUCUCUGCCAUUUAGCAUCAGUCGGUUAAUGCAAAUCCUCGACGUUCUGUCGGACAUUGGUUUUAGUCAAGAACAGAUAUUGAGUCAUCCUACCUUAUUGCGAAGCGAUCCCAACAGUCUAGAACUUUUUAUGUCCACUUAUAAAGACGAAUUUCUUGGUGAAAACGCUGGCAAAUUUCUUCAAGAAUUCCCUGGUGUGACGUGUCAAAUUGAUUUUACUUCGUUGCAUACUAACGUUCAUAAUUUGCGGAAAUUCGGCGUUCCAGUCAAUUGCAUCCGGAAUAAUAUCAACAACUUGCUGGUUCACGACCCAAUGGUUCUGGAAAAGAAAUUAAGACAAAUGGAACCUUAUCCAGAGUUAGGUGUUUUUGUUCAUCAUCAGAAAUUUGGCAAAUUGUUUAAUGACGUCGACACUGUCGUCCUUCGAGUUGAGACCUUUAGAGCCAUCGACAAACGACAAAUUACCUUCACCGCCUGCACUUGUUCGCCAAAAGAUUUUUCAGCAAUCAUCCAACAACGAGCUCAUCAGCGCCUAUCGGAGGAAGCAGUUGGUUUUCUUGCCAACCACACGGGAUACGACAAAGACCAAGUACGGGAGAUAUUGCGUUCGCAUCCGCAGUCCAUCCAGUUGAGUUCAGAAAACAUGAAAAAAGUGAUGGAACUUCUCGUUACUAGAGGUUUCACAAAAUUACAAAUCUUCAAUGGUCUACAAUUGAUUCUAUAUCCGGUGGAAAUUGUAAUCGACAAGCUUAAUGAAUUACCCUCUAGGCUAGAUAUGAAACCAAUCGAAACCACACUGAAGGAGCCAAGUAUCCUACAAGUUGUCCUUUAUCUAUUAGAACAGCAAUUUAUGUUCACAGGUAAUGGAGUAUUUGCCAAAUCAGCAGAGAAAUCGGAAAAAACUUGCUCAGAAUAAAGUAGAUUUUCUCCACAUUGGAUUACUUUUGUUUCUCGAUUAUUCAUUCAACAUUAUAAUUACUACUUGGUUGGUCGCAUACAAAAUGGAAUUGCUGUGCCUUUGUCCAAUAUAAAGAAAUUUUAUUAUUA